AUGGUGAGCUUCUGCUUGCUGGUGCUCUUCGGGUUUCUCUCUGGGCUCGGCGGCAACGGCGGUCUCGCGAGUGCCAUGAACUCUACAGCGAAGAGUUUCCCUGACAGGGCGAGGGCUACGACGAAUGGGGUAGUGCUCUCUGGCUUUGGCCUGUCUGCCUUCCUUUUUUCAACGAUUGCGCACGUUGUUUUCCCAGGCGACACAUCCUCGUUUCUGCUCGUCCUCGCCAUAGGUACCUCGCUCCCGAUGGUGCUCGGAUUUUUCCUCGUCAGACCCAUUCCUCUGCCCUUCUCCGAACUCACGCAUAACGUCGAACACGCAGUCACCGACGAGGACGACGAGGACGUCGUCACAGCGCGCGUGGGUUCGCCCACCAUUUUCCAGCGCGAGAACAACAGUCACACUCACCUCCUAUCGCCGCACCUCCAUCACCACCACCACACGGAUGAGGAAGACGACGUGCAGGAGCUGCUGCUCGAGGAGCAGUCCCUCGUGUCGCAUUUGCACCAGUCGUCCGUCAGCUCGGAUUAUGUCGUGCCGGUGCUAGCGGACUCUGUGGCGCUGAGCCCGACGCGGAGUGAGAGUCGGCAGCGGUCUCGCAGCGAGUUCUCCGCUUCCCACAGGAGGAGGCGGCUGAGUUCUGAUGCUGAUGUGAGAGCGCUUGACGGGCUGCCCAAUAUCCAUGGCAAGGGCUUGUUCGCGUCGAGUGAUUUCUGGCUGUUGUUUACGGUCACUGCGCUGCUGAGCGGAACGGGUCUGAUGUACAUCAACAACGUUGGCUCGAUAUCACAAGCUUUGUUUGCCAAAGGCAAUCCGGACUAUGAUGGUGUUAAGGCGUCACAAUGGCAAGCUACCCAGGUCUCUGUGAUAAGUGUCAUGAACUGCCUUGGUCGCAUAGGAAUCGGCAUACUCGCAGACUUCACCAAGACAUACUUGCAUCACCCGCGCUCAUGUUGCAUAACCCUCAUUGCCGCGCUCUUCAUACUUUCUCAGGUGAUGUUGUACAAUGUCGAAAACGUCGGUGAAUUGUGGAAGACAAGUGCCGUAUUGGGCAGCGCAUACGGCUGCUUAUUCGGACUUUUCCCUACCCUCACGAUCGAGUGGUUCGGCUUGUCGCACUUCUCGGAGAACUGGGGCUUUGUGUCGCUCUCCCCCAUGAUCGGUAGCAACGUCCUCUCCAUCGCCUUCGGGCGGAACCUGGACGCGCAUGUCCCCGAAUCCGAGACUCGCUUGAACAACACUAUAACUUCUGUCGCCUCAGUCCCGGUCUCUCCAUUUUCUACCGCGUCAGUCGCCUUGCCCGGCUUUGGACCGCCGUCAGCACACCAGUGUCUGGACGGCCGUUCGUGCUACGUGGACACCCUGAAGCUGACGCUUGCGGCGUGCUGCCUCGGCCUUGCGUUGGCUGUGUACGCAGGCUGGCGCGACAGGCGCCGGCAGCAUAGGCUCGGACUGGGUGGAGCAGAGGUUUCGCCGGAGAUCGUAUGGACGGAACAGGAAGGCUAA